GUGAUGAUGAACUGAGACUGGCAAAUGGACCUGGCCCCUGUGCUGGGAGAGUGGAAGUAAAACACGAGGAGCAGUGGGGGACUGUGUGUGAUGGUGACUGGAAGAUAGAAGAUGCUGAGGUUGUUUGUAAGCAACUAGGAUGUGGAUCUGCUGUUCAGGCCCUUAAUCGAGCUCCUUUUGGAGAAGGAUCUGGACCAACAUGGCUGUAUCGACUUGAUUGUCGUGGUGACGAAUCUGCUCUCUGGAAUUGUUCACAUCCAGGAUGGGGUGUAUUUACCUGCCCUCAUUAUUUUGAUACUGGAGUGAUCUGCUCAGGCUAUGGUGGGUACAGGCUGGCACAUGGCCCUACCACAUGUUCAGGGAGAGUAGAGCUUCUUCAUGGAGGCAUGUGGGGAAGCCUUUGUGACUACCUGUGGGAUUUUGCAGCUGCCAAUGCCCUCUGCCAGCAACUGGACUGUGGAGUUGCCCUAUUGAUCCCAAGUGGACAGGCCUUUGGAAAAGGAAAUGGGUCAUUCUGGAAUGGCACAUUCGGCUGUGAAAAGAAUGGCUCACACCUGAGAGACUGUCGUGUCAGUGUGCUGGGUCACACUGACUGCCCUGCUGGAAAGGACGCUCAUGUGGUAUGUUCAGGGUGCCCAGGGACCAGGUUGGUGAAUGGCACUGUGUGCUCUGGCACAGUGGAGAUCCGCCAUGGAGACAAAUGGGGAAGACUCUGCAGCUCCCACUGGAAUCUGCAAGCUGCCAGUGUCCUCUGUAAUCAGCUGAACUGUGGCUAUGCAAAGUCCAUUCAAACAGGAGACCUUUUUGUGGAUGGGAACGGACAUGUAUGGAGAGAUGCUUUUCACUGUGAAGGGACUGAGUCCUGCCUGUGGGAUUGUGCUCAUGUGACUUUGGGCAAUCCUUCCUGUUCAGCCAGAGAAGCAGCCACUGUUGUUUGCUCAGGCCUUGCUGAAUCACUCCGACUGUCAGGUGGAGAGAGCCGCUGUGAUGGACGAGUUGAGAUCUCCCUCCACGGUAUGUGGGGCAGAGUCCUGGAUGAUGACUGGGACAUUAAGGAUGCUCAUGUGGUGUGCAGACAGCUCCAGUGUGGAACUGCCAAAAAAGCCUAUUACCCUCCAAGGUCUGAACGAGGGAUGGGUCUGGUUGGGUUAAGAAGUGUCCAGUGUGCUGGAAAUGAGACUCAGCUGAUGCUCUGCAAGACCUCCCAUUCUGAGACAGUGCCAGUAGGAGUUGCUGAGGAUGUUGGUGUGAUUUGCUCAGGUAGCAGGCUGAUCAGGCUGGUGAAUGGGACAAAGCACUGCGCUGGGAGAGUGGAGCUUUAUAAUGAUGGCAUCUGGGGAACCGUCUGUGAUGAUAACUGGGAUCUAUCAGAUGCCAACGUUGUUUGCAAACAGCUGGGAUGUGGACAUGCCAUCAACGCUUUUGCCUCUGCUCAUUAUGGGGAAGGCUCAGGACAAAUCUGGCUGGAUGACGUGAACUGCACUGGGGCUGAAUCUGAUCUCUGGGCAUGUCCCUCCAGAGGAUGGGGCCAGCACAACUGCCGACACAAAGAGGACGCUGGAGUCCUCUGCUCAGAAUUCCUGGCUCUGAGGCUAGUGAAUGGCAAUGACUGUGCUGGGCGGCUAGAAGUUUUCUACAAUGGGACAUGGGGGAGCAUUUGCUCCAAUCGGAUGUCUCAACUCACUGCAGUAACAGUAUGCAGACACCUGAACUGUGGAGAUGGUGGAGAAAUCGCAAGAGACUUCAAAUAUGGCAGAGGUUCUGGGCCCACAUGGCUGGACCACAUUGAGUGCACUGAGCAACAUAGCUCUCUCUGGCAAUGUCAGUCAGACCCCUGGGAUCCUCAGUCAUGUGAUAAUCGAGCAGAAGAGACCCAUAUUUCUUGCACUGACAAGGAGAAGUUACGUGUCACAGGAGGAGAGGAUGGAUGCUCAGGCAGAGUGGAGAUUUGGCACCAGGGUUCCUGGGGAACAGUCUGUGAUGAUUCCUGGGACAUGUCAGAUGCUAAUGUUGUAUGCAGACAGCUGGGUUGUGGAUCUGCUGUGUCUGCUCUGAGUGAAGCUACUUUUGGGGAAGGCACUGGUCCAAUCUGGUUGGAAAAGGUGCAUUGUAAAGGAACAGAGCUGUCUCUUUGGGACUGUCCUGCCCAGCUCUUAUCUGACAAGAACUGUAAUCAUAAAGAAGAUGCUGCUGUGGAUUGUUCGGAUCCUCCUCGUCGCCCUGCAGCAGAGAGUGGGAGAAUCACGACACCCAUCAUCCUCUGCAUUAUCCUGGGGGCCCUUCUCUGCCUGGUCCUUGCCAUUCUUGGUGGACAGUUCCAAAGUGCCAGAGCACAGCAGAGAGGCUCCAGACAAUCCUAUGACCCCUUCGCUGAGGCCGUCUAUGAAGAGAUUGAUUACAGCCUGAUGAGGGAGAAGCAGCAGGUGACUGGCCUCUCAGAUUCCUAUCCAGAGGGUUUGCCAACAAAGGCACAUUUGUACACUGAGGACAGCGAUGAAGAAAACAGUCCUGGAAUAACACAAGAGGGCCCUUCGCUGCCUGGAAAUACCCUGGAAGAUAAUUAUGAUGAUGUGACAGAAGCUCCUGGACCAACAGAGGAUCCUCUUUCCGAGCAGAAUGAACAGGAAAUCAUUGUGGUCCCUGAAGAAAGUGAAGGAAGCCGGGAUUCAGAGACUGAAUGUCAUCCAGAAUGGAAUCCUAAUGCACCAGGAAACAGGACCUCUGAGGCUGAGAGAGAGAAUUCAUCCCCUCCUCUUGAAGAUAUAGCUUAUGAUGACAUUGAAGAGCUGGGAUACUGA